AUGGGGCAGGCAUGCGGCCACUCCAUCCUCUGCAGGAGCCAGCAGUACCCGGCAGCGCGACCGGCUGAGCCGCGGGGCCAGCAGGUCUUCCUCAAGCCGGACGAGCCGCCGCCGCCGCCGCCAUGCGCCGACAGCCUGCAGGAUGCUUUGCUGAGCCUGGGCUCCGUCAUCGACGUCGUGGGCCUGCGCAGGGCUGUCACGGAGGCCCUCUCAGCCGUGCUCCCCAGAGUGGAAACAGUCUACACCUAUCUUCUGGACAGGGAGUCCCGGCUGGUGUGUGAGGACCCUCCCCAUGAGCUGCCCCAGGAGGGAAAAGUCCGAGAGGCUGUGAGCUCGCAGAAGCGGCUGGGCUGCAAUGGGCUGGACGGCAUCUCGGACCUGCCUGGGAAGCCUUUGGCCAAGCUGGUGGCCCCCUUGGCUCCGGACACCCAAGUGCUGGUCAUUCCGCUGGUGGACAAGGAGGCUGGGGCUGUGGCAGCCGUCAUCUUGGUGCACUGUGGCCAGCUGAGUGACAGUGAAGAGCGGAGCCUUCAAGCCGUGGAGAAACAUGCGCUGGUGGCCCUGCGAAGGGUGCAGGCCCUGCAGCAGCGCGGGCCCGGCGUGGCCCCCGAAGCUCUGCACCCCCCGGCGGGGACGGCGGGAGACCCGCAGGGCCGGGUUGCGGACACCCACAACGACGGGAAGAUCCUGCAGCUGUGCGGGGAACUCUACGACCUGGAUGCCUGUUCCCUGCAGCUCAAAGUCCUCCAAUACCUGCAGCAGGAGACCCAGGCGUCCCACUGCUGCCUCCUGCUGGUGUCCGAGGACAAUCUCCAGCUCUCCUGCAAGGUCAUCGGAGACAGAGUGCUGGAGGAAGAGACCAGCUUCCCGUUGACAAUGGGACGCCUGGGCCAGGUGGUGGAAGACAAGGAGUCUAUCCAGCUGGGAGAUCUCACCUCAGAGGAUGUGCAACAGCUACAAAGCAUGUUGGGCUGUGAACUAAAGACCAUGCUCUGUGUGCCUGUCAUCAGUCGGGCCACGGACCAGGUGGUGGCCCUGGCCUGUGCCUUCAACAAGCUCGGAGGAGACUUAUUCACAGAUCAGGACAAGCACGCGGUCCAGCAUUGCUUUCACUACACCAGCACGGUGCUCACAAGCACCCUGGCAUUCCAGAAGGAGCAGAAGCUCAAGUGUGAGUGCCAGGCUCUUCUUCAAGUGGCAAAGAACCUCUUCACCCACCUGGAUGACGUCUCCGUCCUGCUCCAGGAGAUCAUCACAGAGGCCAGAAACCUCAGCAAUGCUGAGAUCUGCUCCGUGUUCCUGCUGGAAAAAAAUGAGCUGGUGGCCAAGGUGUUCGACGGGGGCGUGGUGGAAGAUGAGAGCUAUGAGAUACGCAUCCCGGCUGACCAGGGCAUAGCGGGCCACGUGGCUACCACGGGCCAGAUCCUGAACAUCCCGGACGCAUACGCACACCCUCUGUUCUACCGCGGCGUGGAUGACAGCACGGGCUUCCGCACGCGCAACAUCCUCUGCUUCCCCAUCAAGAACGAGAACAAGGAGGUUAUCGGUGUGGCCGAGCUGGUGAACAAGAUCAACGGACCCUGGUUCAGCAAGUUCGACGAGGACCUGGCCACGGCCUUCUCCAUCUACUGCGGCAUCAGCAUCGCCCACUCCCUCCUUUACAAAAAGGUGAACGAGGCCCAGUACCGCAGCCACCUCGCCAAUGAGAUGAUGAUGUACCACAUGAAGGUCUCUGAUGACGAAUACACCAAACUGCUGCAUGGCGGCAUCCAGCCUGUGGCUUCCAUCGACUCUAACUUUGCCCGUUUCACCUACACCCCUCGCUCUCUUCCUGAGGAUGACACUUCCAUGGCCAUCCUCAGCAUGCUACAGGACAUGAAUUUCAUCAGCAACUAUAAAAUUGACUGCCCGACACUGGCCCGGUUCUGUCUGAUGGUGAAGAAGGGCUACCGGGACCCACCCUACCACAACUGGAUGCACGCCUUCUCUGUCUCUCACUUCUGCUACCUGCUCUACAAGAACCUGGAGCUCACCAACUACCUCGAGGACAUCGAGAUCUUUGCCUUGUUUGUUUCCUGCAUGUGUCACGACCUGGACCACAGAGGCACAAACAACUCCUUCCAGGUGGCCUCGAAAUCAGUGCUGGCUGCACUCUACAGCUCCGAGGGCUCUGUCAUGGAGAGGCACCACUUCGCUCAGGCCAUCGCCAUCCUCAACACCCACGGCUGCAACAUCUUCGACCAUUUCUCCCGAAAGGACUAUCAGCGCAUGCUGGACCUGAUGCGGGACAUCAUCCUGGCCACGGACCUGGCCCACCACCUGCGCAUCUUCAAGGACCUCCAGAAGAUGGCCGAAGUGGGCUAUGAUCGAAACAAUAAGCAGCACCACAGCCUCCUCCUCUGCCUCCUUAUGACCUCCUGUGACCUCUCUGACCAGACCAAGGGCUGGAAGACCACAAGGAAGAUUGCAGAGCUGAUCUACAAAGAGUUCUUCUCCCAGGGAGACUUGGAGAAGGCCAUGGGCAACAGGCCAAUGGAGAUGAUGGACCGUGAGAAGGCCUACAUCCCCGAGCUGCAGAUCAGCUUCAUGGAGCACAUUGCAAUGCCCAUCUACAAGCUGCUGCAGGACCUGUUCCCCAAAGCAGCAGAGCUCUACGAACGCGUGGCCUCUAACCGGGAGCACUGGACCAAGGUGUCACACAAAUUCACCAUCCGAGGCCUCCCGAGCGACAACUCGCUGGACUUCCUGGACGAGGAGUAUGAGGUGUCUGACCUGGAUGGCCCUCGGGGCCCUGUCAAUGGUUUGUUGCAGCCUUGA